CAUUGAGUUGCUGACCGUGGUACUGAGCGCUUCGAUCGCCUCCUUGUAUCGAGCGUGUAUUGAGGUGCAGAGAAUUCUUUGAAAAAAAGUUGGAUUUUCGAUAGACUGAUUGUUCGAAUGUGGCCAAAUUGGUAGAGGAACUUUUGUGGAGAUUUUGUGCGAGGAGAUAGCGAUCUGAAAUGGUUAUUUUGAGGAGAAAUACCGACGUUGAAGAAACGAUGCCUCAAAUAGUCCCUUCAGCAGGGUUCACCCCACCGUGCGACUAUAGCACCUUCGCAGACAAUUUCGACUUAUCGUUGCUGCCAGGGGGAGAACAACCACUCUCCCCAUCGACGCUCUUAUACGCACAAUCGCCCCAAAGCAGCGACCAGAAGAAAGACAACGAAUUCAAGGUCUACACCACGUUUCACAACGUUGAGCAAGAACAGUGCGAAGAUUCCAGCUUCCGUCCAGACUUCAACAAGCUACUGGACUCGGACUCCGAAAGCUCCAGCUCAAACCUACCCCAAUCUCCUGUUUCGAACAUUUAUUUGGAGGUCCCAUCCAACAGCUUCCAACCUAACAGUCCCAACAGUGUUGGUUCGCUCUCACCUUACUCGUCGCAGAGUUUGCUGUCGCCAAACGAUCAGUUUGGUUCGUACAGGCAGUCUUUAGAAGCCAAUUUCUACCCAAGUUCACCUGAACAAUCCCUUUAUGCUCCCUCACCUUCAUCUGUUUACUCCAAGUCCCCAAGAGAGGAUUACCUGCAGAAUCACUACAUCAAAACUGAAUCUAUUUCUCCAAUUCCCCCAUUCAGUACUUUCACGAUCAAAGAGGAGUCGUUCCUGAAUUCCUGUGGGUUUUCUUCUCCCUCCAGCCCUGACAACUCUGGUACUACGUCAUUGAGCAAGAUACCGGAUGCUCCUGACGUCACUGGUUUGCUGGAAACCCCGUUUCUAAACAAACAAAUCAAGCAGGAAGAAAGCACAGUGGAUUUCAGCAGUUUGCUCAACCACUACCCAGAAAACAGCGUGCUUAAGAGCUUCUUGGACAGUUCCUUCAGCCAGAAACUCAGAUCUGACCAUCAGCAGAUCGAAGAGGGGCCGAAAGACCACAAGCUCCUUAGGGAAGCCCUUAGGGACACCAGUUACCAGAAGAAGUACAACGCGAGAGCUAUCGAUUUCGACCUUUUGGAGUCUUACAUAAAGAUGGAGGAGGAUGAAAAAUCGACGCAAGACGAGUUGAACGAACAGAUCGCGAGGGAAAACAUCGAGCCCGUUUUGAACAUAGCCAUCGAACAGAUGAGGAAGGAGGUGGAUAAGACUUGUGCAACACUUGGAAUUUCGACUGAUCCAUCGCAUUGGAACGCAGCCAAUGUUUUCUCAUGGAUCCAGUGGACUUCAAGGGAAUUCAACCUUCCCGAACCUUCUGCCGAUCAGUGGAACAUUUCUGGAAUAGAUCUUCUGGAGCUUUCCGAAGAAGGAUUCUUACACAGAUCGAAUCAGGGUGGAAUGAUUUUACAUGCCCAGUUGGAAAUAUGGAAAGCAGCACAUUGCAGUGACGAUCUCAGUAUGUCAUGGCUUCCAGAAACUGCAUCCAGUAAUGCUUCUAGUGGAGAUAUAUCUGAUGAUGACGAUGACGUAUCGUCCAUCCAAUCAGAUCCAAGCAAACCCUCCACCUCCAGAACAGGCACUCACAUCCACCUAUGGCAGUUCCUGAAGGAACUCCUGCAGAACCCACAGACGCACGGCUCCUGCAUACGGUGGAUGGACCGUACGAAGGGCAUCUUCAAAAUAGAGGACUCCGUCAAGGUGGCACGCCUGUGGGGCAGGAGAAAGAACAGGCCUGCCAUGAACUACGAUAAGCUAAGUAGAUCCAUCAGGCAAUACUACAAAAAGGGCAUAAUGAAGAAAACCGAGAGAUCUCAAAGGUUGGUGUAUCAGUUUUGCCACCCGUACAACAAUUAAACCUGCAGCUUGUAAAUUCCGUCGAAAUUUGUAAAUAUUAUAUUUAUUCCGGUUGUUACGGUAAGGUUUAGGUAAAGGGGUACGGUCGCAUUUUGGAUUUGUCAAAAUGCGCUAAAUCUCGCGGGGUAUGACUGCGAGACGCUAAUUAUUAAUGAAAUUCAGCCAGUUAGGCGAUUUCCGAUGUCGUUUUGGAAGGUAAUUUCCUCUAUCGAUUUUGUAAUUCACCGGUGAGUAGGGUAGAUUCAGAGGCAAUGUAAACUGGGGUAGUUUCUGACAGCUCGGACUUGUAAGUUUCGUAGCGGAGAUCUACGUCCCUUCAAGGUUUAUAUUUCUGAAAAUAAUACCCGAAAAUGUCGGUGAUUUUGGUCCCAUAUAUCUAUGAUAUAUUACUCAUGUAAGUUCUAUGAACACGUUUAUGAGAUGCAAUAAUUAUAUAGUCAGUAAGUUGAGAUUUUAAAUUUAUUUAUCGUGAUAUUUAGUGUACUCUGAAUGAGGGAUUUCUCUUAAAUUCUCACGCAUAUAUAAGCAACAUAUUUAAGUACAGGAUACUUCGGAAAUGUUCCUCCUAAACUCAUUAACGAAAAACAAUAACUUUUUUCUAUAUAGAAAAAUUUAAUUUUGUGCCCAUACCUCUGGAACCUUUUCGAAGACCUGUACUGUAUAUUUUCGCAAUCCAUUAAUACUCAGCUUUUAUUUAUACUCAUUAAGUAUAACAGAAUCCUGAAGUGUAAGGAAUUCAAUGAUCUUGAUAGCAUAGGCACUGAUUUAAAAUGGUAAUCGUAUAUUGUAAAUAAUAAAAUGAUUAAAAUUCUUAGUAAAAUUGUGAUAUUUUGUACAAAAUCAAAAUCCUAAGAAUGUAUUCGUCGUUUUGAAAAUGUAUUUAAUAUUUAAAUAAAUUCGAUUUUCCCAUA